ACGAAACCCUUGAUCCGGUUCACAAUGUGAAAUGUUUGUUUGGACCUCACUGAGGUUCAGCAGGAGACAGAGACCUGGGAUCUGUGUAGAUGUGUCAUUGUGACUUCUGCAGUGUCCAGUUUGCUCCACCAGGGAUCCCCAUUGAUGACGUGACAACAGCGCUGGAGUGAGCAGAGUCCAGUCAGGUGGGCUCUGUUGAGCUGUUCAGGUGUCGGAGAGAGAGAGUCGCCGCCGUCCUGGGGUUCGAGCUUCCGUCCCGAUGGCUGCAGCUAAAACGCACUGUGGAGCUUCUUUCUCGCUGGAUGCGUACCACGUCUCUGAGGAGUUCGGCUUCAUCCUCCCUGAUCCUCUGGACGAGCUUCCGCCCUACUACCAGCCGUGGAUGGACGUCGCGCUGCGGAUCCCAGAGCUGGUGCACGCUCGCGAGCUACGCGCUCGCGUCAACAAGAUGCCGCUGCUGAGCAGCGAGUUCCUGCAGAAGCACAGGGAGCUGCGUCUGGCCCACCUGGCCCUCAGCAUGGUGACCAUGGGCUACGUGUGGCAGGAGGGGGAGGGCGGCACAGUGGAGAUGCUGCCCUGUAACCUGGCGGUCCCGUACUGGGAGGUGUCCCAGCGCCUGGGGCUCCCCCCCAUCCUCACCCACGCCGACGGGGUGCUGGCCAACUGGAGAAAGAAGGAUCCCGAGGGCCCAUUCAACAUGGAGAACUUGGAGCUGCUGGUCCGACUCCCGGGCGGAGACAGUGUCCAGGGCUUCUUCCUGGUCACGCUGCUGGUGGAGCUGGCAGGCGCUCCUGCAGUGGCGAGCAUCCCUAGAGUCAUUGAUGGAGUACAGCGCGGUGACGCCGAGGCCGUGGCCCGAGCCCUGGAGGACAUUAGUCAGUCUAUACAGGACAUGACAGACGCGCUCAAAAUGAUGCAAGUGUACGUGGAGCCGUCAGUCUUCUAUGGCAUCAUGAGGAUCUAUCUGUCUGGAUGGAAGGACAACCCCUGCAUGCCCAGAGGUCUGAUCUACGAAGGCGUCCACGCCGAGCCGCUGCAGUAUUCGGGGGGCAGCGCCGCUCAGAGCAGCCUGCUGCACUGCUUCGAUGAGCUCCUGGGGAUCAGACAUGAAACACAGAACGGUGACUUUCUAAGCCGCAUGAGGAACUACAUGCCGCCCGCGCACAAGCGGCUGAUCCAGGACCUGUCGGCGCAGCCGCCCCUGCAGGAGUUCGCGCGGCGGCAGGCGGACGGCCAGCUGAACCGGGCCCUCCAGCUGUGCGCGGCCAAGCUGCUGGCCUUCCGCAGCUACCACAUCAACGUGGUGGGCCGCUUCAUCAGCGUGCCGGCGGCGCGCGCCCGCCAGCUCCGCCAGCAGCGGCGCGGCGCCGGGGAGGACGCCGUCAGCAGGGCGCCCGCGGCGCUGGAGGAGAGGGGCACCGGCGGCUCCGGGGUCAUGACCUUCCUGAAAAGCGUGCGGGACCAAACCAAACAGGCCUUUUUGCCCGAGGCGGGCAAAGACGUGGAGUGAACGAGCAGUGAUUUCUUAAAAGGCCCCUUUUUAUCACAUUAAAAAUACCAGUGGAAGGCUGUC